AUGCUCACAACUACUGUAUUACCACACCAACAAGAUGUAGUUAAAAAUUAUAUAAACGCCCGAAUUAAUUUAGAUGACCAGAUAACGAAAUUUUGGCAAUUAGAAGAGGUCAAAACUAAAAACGUUUUAAGUUUAGAUGAAAAGGCGUGCCAGUUGCAUUUUGAAAAUAAUACCAAACGGAAUGAAAAAACUGAUCAUUAUCCGGAAGCUUGUAGAGCAUUGCAUGAAGAUUUUUAUAUGGAUGACCUCCUAAGUGGUUCAGAUACUUUAGAAAAGGCGGUCAAGUUAAGAGAUGAUUUAAUAUCAAUCAUGGAGAGUGCUGGUUUCAAGUUGAGACAAUGGUGUAGCAAUGAACCACUGUUGUUAAGAGAAUUACCUUUAUAUUUAAGGAAAGUUGAUGACGAUGUAAAAGAGCCUAAUAAAAAUAUUACUAAAAUCCUUGGAUUAUAUUGGAAUCACGAGAACGAUUGCUAUCAAUACAAUAUAAAACCAAUAAAAAUAUCUGGUCGAUUUACAAAAAGACUAGUUCUAUCCGAAAUAUCGUCGCUAUUCGAUCCACUUGGAUUAAUCGCUCCAAUGAUUAUGCAACAGUUAUGGUUGCAAAAAAUAAAUUGGGAUGACGUUUUACCUAUUCCAUUACAACAAGAUUGGUCAAAAAUGCGUGUGGAACUGGAGCAAAAUAAUAAUAUUAAAAUCAAUCGUCUAGUUCUCGGCAUCGAAAAAAUUAAAAAACUAGAAUUACACGCGUUCGCUGACGCAAGUAUGCAAGCCUAUGGUGCUUGUAUAUACACACGCGCUACAGAAAUUUAUGGUAAAGUAGUAAUAAAUUUAUUGUGUGCAAAAUCAAAAGUCGCGCCAUUAAAGGUAGUUUCGUUACCUCGGCUCGAACUGUUAGCUGCGCUUUUGGCCGCUCGCCUUAUGUCAAAAUAUGCACCAAAAUUACAGUUACCUAUAAAUGAAUAUUUUUAUUGGACAGAUUCGACACUGGUAUUAAAUUGGUUAUUAUCUCCGUCGUCUCGUUGGAAAACUUUUGUGGGAAACAGAGCUGUUGCGUCCAGCGACAAUCCAGCGGACAUAGUGUCAAGAGGCUGUUUUCCAUCACAAAUGAAAGGUUUAGAUUUAUUGUGGAACGGACCUAGUUGGUUGAAAGGGGAACAUACUCAAUGGCCAAGUAACUUUCAAGAACUUACUUCUAAAAGUGAAUAUUUGUCUGAAGAAAAAUCUAAUUUUUUAUCGAGUGACACUAAUAUUUAUGGUCCUGUUGAAGCUACAGAAAUUGAAAAUGCCCUUAAACGAUUAGUGAAGGUAGCGCAACAAGAAGAAUUUUUUACUGAGUUGUGUGACUUAAAAAACUCAAAAUUAGUGUCCAGUAAAAGUAAACUUUUUCGUCUUAGACCAUUUCUAGACGACGAUGGUAUAAUCAGGGUAGGCGGUAGAUUAAAACAUGCCGUCUCACUAUCAUUUUUUCAAAAACAUCCGAUAGUGUUACCCGCUGAUAGUGAUUUUACAAAAUUAUUAUUUCUGGAUGAACACGAAAAAUCAUUACACGCCGGUCCACAAGCGAUGUUAGCUAAUAUACGUUUGAGAUAUUGGCCGAUUAAUGGACGUAAUAUAGCCAGAAAUAUAUCUAGAAAAUGUGUCAAAUGUUUCAAAUACAAACCGGUUGUAUUUGAGCCCAUCAUGGGUGACUUACCUAAGGACCGAGUCGAACCAGCGCGAGCUUUUGUUAAAUGUGGCGUAGAUUUUGCUGGUCCAGUGUUUGUGCGGUCUANGGAACCAGCGCGAGUCUUUGUUAAAUGUGGCGUAGAUUUUGCUGGUCCAGUGUUUGUGCAAUCUAGUUUGCGAAGAAACGCGCCUAAGACUAAAGCGUAUAUCAGUAUCUGGGUUUGUCUUGUCACAAAAGCUAUUCAUAUAGAAUUAGUAGGCGAUUUGACAGCGGAGUCUUUCCUUANUAUAGGCGAUUUGACAGCGGAGUCUUUCCUUAAUGCGUUACGGAGAUUCUGUGAUAGACGUGGUUAUUGUACGGACGUAUAUUCAGAUAACGGAAAAAACUUUGUUGCGGUUAAUCAACAACUUCGAGAAGUUCAUGAACUUUUAGCUAAACCAGAAGUUAAAAAUGAAUUGA